AUGCUUCCUCUCUUCCGGUCAGCACGGGCAACUCGAUUGGCUUGCACUAUACCCAUCAAUGGGCCACACUCUACAGCCCUCCGUCGGGGACAUGGCGAGGCACUACAGUUCUUUGCCACCAAGCACAGCAAAAGCAGUCCUCCGACUGAUAUGGCUCCUUCAUCCAAGUCGCUUGAGCUUUUGAGGAGGACACUGCAGGACAAACGUGCAAAGCUCCAGGAGAUCACUGAACGCCAGGGACCACCCGCCUCAGCUACACACACUCUAUCGUCUCAUGAAAAAGAAACACCAAGCACAACACAGGAACAAACACCAACAUCCAACGCGCCACAACAACCGACUACUCCAACACCUCGCCACAAGUUAGAUCGCGCCAUGCCCAUAUUUGCCAGUCCUGCAGACAUGAACGUGAGGCUACCUAAGGUCGUCCGGAACUUUUCGCAGCCAGAGAACCCCGAGAUCGUCAAAAUCGCCCUGAUCGGCUCACCCAACGUGGGUAAGUCAACCAUUGUCAACGACCUGGUCAAGAGCACCGUCUCGAUAGUCUCUGUUCGGCCACACACGACACGGGAGCGGAUCAAAGCCGUGCUGACUCAGGACAACAAACAGAUCGUAUUUUAUGAUACCCCAGGAGUUGUUCCCGAGAAGAACGUCUCGAGGCUGAACCGCGAGCUGGUAACAUCUUCAUGGAAGGCCAUCGAGGAUGCCGAUCACCUCCUUGUCGUCAUGGAUUGCAACAAGUUACUCGAGCACAGUUUGAUCACGGAGGCCUACAUCUUUGAACGUCUUGCAAAACUUGAGAAGCCUAUCCCUGCCACAUUGAUCUUCAACAAGAUGGAUCUGGUCAAGGGUCGGGAUGAGAAGAUACAGGAGUUUGCAGCAAAGUACAACGAGCAGUUCCCCAACUUUGUCAAGACGAUAUACACCAGCGCACAGAAGCAACAAAUCGGAAUCCAGGAACUUCGCUCUCAUUUGAUGUCUCUCACCCAUCCUGGACCAUGGCUCUACCCAGCUAACCAAAAGUCGGACCAGUCCGAUCUCAAUCGCGUGGAGGAUUUGAUUCGGUCAGAACUUUUCGGGCUUCUCAAGGUGCCUUAUCACGUCAAGCAGGUCAAUGUUGGGUGGACGGAGCUGGAGGACAAUGUUCUGAGGAUCGAUCAGAACCUGUUGGUCGAUCGUCCAGGUCUCAAGAAAAUCAUUGUCGGUACUGACGGUGCAGUGAUUCGGGAUUUGACGUUGAAGUCGAGGCAGUUGAUUGGCAAGGCAUUACAGAGGAGAGUCAUGCUCAACCUUCAAGUCAAGAUCAACUCCAAGAAAGUAUAG